AUGUUAUGGAGUACUGUACAGUGUCAUAAAAUUUCAAUACUAACUUAUAGAAGUAAUGCUUCUCCAAGUGUUACUACAGCAUUACCUUCAUCACAAUAUCAGCAUUCAUCUCAACAUCGAAAUGUAUAUUUACAUUCAUCAACAAGUAAAACAGGCAAUUACUAUGGACCUAUUUGUUCUUCUCCAUCAAUCAAUCAACAACGUAUGAUUACUUCUCAUUGUCAAAACCGAUCAUCACCAUAUACUAUUCACUUACCACGUACAAUUCGUUGUCAAAUUAACAUAGCGUCGGUUGAUGUUGGUACACAAUCACAUGUUAUUGAAGAUGGAAAUAUUGAAUCUGAUCAAUUUAUUACGAUUCAUAAAAUAAGAAACUGGAAUCAGUGGCGUUCAACAAUAGCACUACGUCAAACAGCAACAAUACAUUAA